AUGCCUUUCAAAACCAUAAACUCCAAGUCCCUCUUCUACACCGACACCCACACCCAGUGCACCCCCGCCACCCGCAUCACCACCCUCCUCCUCCACGGCCUCGGCUCCUCCUCCAGCUUCUACAGCACCAUCACGCCAGCCCUCGCGCCGCAGACGCGGUGCAUCGCGCUCGACACGCCCGGGUCGGGCCUCUCCCAACUCGGCCCAUCACCGUCCCGGGAGCAAUCGAUCGCCAGCAUCGCCGACGACGCCAUCGCCCUGCUCGACGCCCUAGCGGUGGAGGUCGACGUGGUGGUGGUGGGCCACUCCAUGGGCGGCAUCGUCGCGAGCACGGUCGCGGCACGGUGCCCGGGCCGGGUCAGGGGCGUGGUGCUGUUGGGGCCGGUGCAGCCGGCUGAGGGGAUGGCGGCGGUGUUUGGGAAGCGGGUCGAGGUUGUGAAGGCUGGAGGUCUCGAGCCCCUGGCUGACACCAUCCCGACGGGCGCCACCGGUCGCCGCUCCACGCCGCUGCAACACGCGUUCAUCCGCGCUCUGAUCCUCGGCACCUCGCCCGCGGGCUACAUCUCGCUCUGCAACGCGAUUGCCACGGCUACGCAGCCGGAGUAUGCGAGCAUCGACGUUCCGCUGCUGAUUCUAGCCGGGGAAGACGACAAGACGGCCUCGCUGGAGGGGUCGGAGGGGAUCGCGGCGGCGUAUGGGACAGAGGGCGGGAAGAAGAGCGUGGUCGUGCUGGAGGGCGUUGGGCAUUGGCACUGUGUUGAGGCUGGAGAGGAGGUGGGGAGCAGGAUUGGGGACUUUGUGCGAGGGCUGUGA